AUGGAAAAGAAAAUUCUAGUUUAGACAAAACUGGACAAAACAGCUGAGUUGAUUUAAAGGAAAACCAAGUCCAGAGGAUCUUGUAGUAGAGAAGAUUCGUGUAUGUAAAAAUAUAUUAUAAGGACGCGUCUAUAGAAUUUUUUUUCCAUUGUAUUCAUGCUCUUGAUGCACUUGAACAGGAGCUCUGUUCGUAUUUGUCUCGAUUAAAUUCGAUAACCGGGACGAAGCCGGUUCGUUGAACCGACACGUUGCUCGAUACGUUACUAACGUUGAUAUGUUUCACGUUCCGCGAGUGUCACUCGCGUAUGUACAAAGAGGAUAGGGUAAUCGUCGUCUGAUUCCGCUAAACACAAGAGAACGGAAUAGUUAAUUGAUUAAUAUAAGCAAACGGAUGAAAGUUCAAUAAUCGAACAAACGUGAUACUUGAUCUCUUCCAUCAUGAUUCGAUCGAGUCUCGUGCUCAUCCUCGUCAUCGCUACUCCGCACGUCACCGUCGGUGAUGAUUGCAAAGGAUGUGUACCCUUGGAUUCAUAUUCGUUCGACAAGGUUAUCCCCAGGUUCAAAGCAGUGCUCGUUAAAUUCGACGUUGCGUUUCCGUAUGGUGGCAAGCACGAGCAAUAUGCGACUGUAGCGGCCGAUACCAAGGAUUCGGAAGAUCUUCUGAUAGCCACAGUGGGCGUAAAGGACUUUGGCAAUAAGGAUAAUUCCGAUUUGGCACAACGCUACAAUAUUAAAAAGGACGACUUUCCAAUAGUUUUACUAUUCGUACAAGGCAAAUCGGAACCAAUCAGAUUUACUCCCGAAAAGGAUUCCGAUUUUACGGGUGAAUACUUGAAGCGCUUUAUCAGAUCUAGAUCAAGGGUGUAUCUGGGCCUACCAGGAUGCGUGGAACGGUUGGAUAAGCUAGCUGAAGAUUUUAAAGUCGCGGGAGAACAGGACAGACAGGAGAUAUUAAAGAAGGCUAGAAUUUUUGAAGAAACUUUACCGGAAGAACAACGAGAAGCAGCAAAAAUUUAUGUAAAGACUAUGGAAAAAAUUUUGGAGCGUGGCGAUGUAUUUGUACAAACGGAAGAAACGCGCGUACAGGGGCUUCUUUAUAGAGGAAAACUGUCUGAUCAAAAAAAGCGUACGAUGGAAGAGAGACGAAACAUCUUGCAAUCUUUUUCAGCGAGAGAUGAAUUGUAGAGGAUUUGAAUUAUUAAUGAUCGCCUAAGCAAUCAAAUUUUAGUCCAAAUGUUGAUCAUUGUGCUAUUUUGAAUUAUUUUAUACGCUCGAGUUUAUACAAUUAUUCUAUACGUAGCGAUAGAAGUAGAAGCUAUACAAGAGAUGCUUACACUCAGAUGCUUUAUUUAAAAAAAGGUAUCACGUUAUUUUAUCUUUUUGCAUUCCUUAGCUUAUUUCUCUAUAACUCUUAUGUUCUAUGAACGUGAAGUGCGAGACGAUUUACUGUUUCAUGCAAUUUUUUUUUCUUGAGUUUUUUUUCCAUUUUAAACGUUUUAUUUUCCUAGAGUUCUAGAAUUCUAGAUAAUAGAGAUACGUAAUCGUGUUACGCAGUAUCGCAAGCUCUAGAAGAUGUUAAAAAUCGCGUCAAAUUAUGAAAACUGACUUUAAACGAGGUAUAUAAAAAAUGUAAUAAAUGAAAUAUAAAAGCACAUUACGUUGGCUAAAUAGAUGAAGAGAUCAAGAACACGUAAUGCGUAACACGUAUUAGCUAUUGGUAGAAUAAAAACAAUAAUAUUGCCCAUUAGUAUUACAAAUGACUGCCGAGUCAAUCACGAUUGGCAUUUGCGAUGGCCAACCAGAGUUCGUAACAUCGGUUUCACUUUUCUGAUUAUCUAGGAGACUUCUACAUUCUUCUAAAUAAGAUAUAAAGUACAUAUAAAUAUAAUUAGGCAAUGAAUAUGAAAAACGUAUGAUUCUCAUACUCGAGAAUGUAUCUUGUCAAAUCGGACAAGAUAUCGGAUAAAUUUAAUACAUUUACCACUUGUAUAUUUGAAAUAGAGUUCCGUUAUGGGAGAGCCAAACUGGUCUCCAUUCCUUCCAACAUAAUGGAUCUGUUAACAAUAGUUAUAAAGCGAAAAUGACAAUUGUUCAAUUCAUUUAAUCUUCUUUGAUAGUUUUGAUAGUCCUUUUCGGAAAAUGUAAUAAUUUUGAAACUAAGGGGAGAUCUUGAAUUUGAAUGGAUUAGAUAGGUAGGAAAUGUGUAUUGAAUAAAUUUAGUACACACAAAAUAGCAGUUGACACAAUUAAGAUUCAUUAUAAAUAUUUUCUAAGAAAAUGGAACGUUGACAGGUUGUGGAUUAAGAUGUUAUAUCAUAAAUAAGUUAGUCAAUUUUAUAUCGAUUAUUGUAUACACUUUCAACAUAUUAUUCACUCUCGUUAAGGAAAAUGUAUUGUGCGAUCAUUAACUAUAAAGAAAUGUGAUAUAAUGCAUAAAUCAUCUUUGUGAAAUAAUGAACGAAUAAAAUGCAGAAUGCUUUUUGUUCGUA